ACCACCACCACUACCACACCGUGACCAUCCCAUCAUCGUCACCACCAUCACCGCCGUGCGGAAGAUACACACGAUCGACCUCGGGGUGAGUGGGCGAAGGUAGGUAGGUGGGUACGCGGCUAGGUAUGUCCCCCUUUCACUCCACGGCAGAUAUAAACUCUUAACAUCUCCGUUUGGUACAGCGCGAGUCUGCCAAUCGGCGGCCGGUAGAGGCGUGGCUGUGGCUCGGUGAGGCCUCGCAUUUGGCCGAGGUCUCGGGGUGGAACACUGUGGCACAGUGUUUUAUUUCGCGCUCGCGUGGAGUAUGGAGGGGGCCGUUAGUUUCUGCCCUAUCCCUCCCCGAACACAGAUUCCGCGUCUCUGUCUCCUUAUUCUCUCGCUCGCUCUCUCUCUCUCUCUCUCUCUCUCUCUCUCUCUCUCUCUCUUUCUCCUCUCCCUGCCACUGACUGUGGCCCCGUUGAGCUCCCACUUUGCUGCCGCGCCGCACUACCGCCUCUCCGCUAUCCGCGCGCGCUACCUGAAUCGACUCACCCGGGAUGCUGCAAUUGUUGACAAUGCCGGCGAGCGAGAGGGAGUGAGAGGGGGCGAGAGCAUGAAUCGCGGGACGCGAUUCCGCAUUUCGGCCCCCGGCAGCCGAACGAGAGGGUGUUGUUCCUCGUCGCGCGACAGCCGCGAUAGCCGCGUACGAUCAACUUACGAGAGUGCAGGUGUGUACACGCGUACGAUUACCGACAAGUACUAUCUAUCCACCUACUCGCUUACUUGUCCUUGCCGUCUCGCAACGUCUUGUAAACGUAAUAAUUUUGCGAUAUCUCGACGAGGAUGGUGCGUGUAAAGACCUGAUCUCCGAUCUUCGAUCGGGUGACGCGGUGGCGAGUCGCACCUCCAAAGGGAUCGCCCAUGAUACACACUUAGAAAGAAGGAGAGGCGUAGGAAGGAGCACAGCUUCCGCCGGUGGCUCGCUCGGUUACCACGAAGACGUGCCCCCUCGGUAUGGGGUACUCAUCAUCGAGUGUCGUCGAGUACGCGGCUUCGCGCCCGGCCCGGAUCAUAUACAGCGCGCGGUGAUCACGCUGAGCAACUUUUCUAUCCGGAGUACACAGAGUCGGAAAUUCCCCACUCCCUGUGAGUGACGACCGAGUGUCGUUAAGCUCGUCGUUAGCAUCGACGAGCGAGCGACCAUGUCCCUACCCCGCGGCGUCGGCCUCGGCGUCGACGUGGGCCAAUUGAUGCAACACCAGCAACAGCAACAGCAACAUCACGUGCUACCGGCCGCGUUUUUCCUGCGCGCCAGUGCUGAGAGAUAUCAGCGGACCCCCAAAUGUGCGCGAUGUCGUAAUCACGGAGUCGUGUCCGCGCUCAAGGGCCACAAGCGCUAUUGCCGAUGGCGAGAUUGCGUGUGUGCCAAGUGCACCCUUAUCGCCGAGAGGCAACGCGUCAUGGCUGCUCAGGUCGCGCUCAGACGGCAACAGGCCCAGGAAGAAAGCGAAGCGCGCGAAUUGGGCCUACAAUUGCAAUACAAUGCCGGCAGCUGCAAUACUGCCCCCGUUCUAUCGGCGGCGACCGCUGCUGGUGCGACGCCAGCUGGUAGCCCGCCCCCGCACUCGACGCACGUAGCGAGUCCGGCGGGUCUGGCGAUACCCGCGGCGGCCGCGGCAGCGGCAGCCGCCGCUGCCGCGCAUAUCCAAACGCAGCUUCAGCAUCAGCAGCAGCCUACGGAAUGUGCUCUCCUACCGAGAAAGAGAACUAAUACCCAAGACGAAUAUCGACAGUCCAAGGUUGAGAAGAAUGACACUGUUGUCGGCUUGAAGCGGCCUAGAAUUUCCGAAAACACGACCAUCUUGUCGACCAGCGACACAGGCAAUGAGGAUGAUCGUGAUUCUGAUUCCGGUGGCGAGUUACGAGCCGAUCGUUCAUUAGUGGUAUCGACGUCGUCAGGAAUACCGGAAUCCGAGACAACGACGAGAAAACGAACCAAUAGUCUGAACGAUUCCGAGGAGGGUAGUCCAGAACCAGGCUCGCAGAGUCCGACGCACACCCCGCCGCUGACACCCGCCUUGACACCGCAAAGGGAGGACACCCCAGCGCCGGAAAACCUCAGCCUACGCAAGAGUGGCAGUCCCCCGCAGACGCAACAGACCUUGCAACCGGUAGAUCUGGUUCAACCUAGGCCUAGUCCCCCGCUACCCCCGUUAGCUGCCGGAGCAACGGUGCACUUUCCUCCUUACGCGCCUCUCUACGGGGCGAGUUCGCUAGCGUAUUGCUCGCCGGCGCUCUAUCAGCAUCAGCAUCAUCACCACAUCCCCGAGCCGCGAGAGAUUCAGAUGCAGAUGCAAAUGCAAAAUAUUCAGCAGACUUGCGGACUGCAGUUACAGCAGCAACAGCAGCAGCAGCAGCAACAGCAGCAACAGCAGCAGCAGCAACAGCAACAGCAGCAACAGCAACAACGCUCGCCGGUGGAUCUUCUGCUGCGUGUGUUCCCCGGAAGACGUCGCGCCGAUGUCGAAGCGCUUCUCCAUCGUUACAAAGGCGACGUAGUGUCCGCGAUGGAGGUGCUGGUCUGCGAGGACAGUCUGCAGCCCAAGUCUGCGUUCUCGCCGCUGGCCGGCGCCCUGGCAUCGGCCGCCGUAGCGUCCGCCGCGUCCGUCUCGGCGGCAGCUUACGCGAGCCGCGCCGCGUACUGCACCACCCCGAUAUCAUCGACGCGGCACCGGUUCCUGGCCGCGCCUUACACCGGUACCGGUUACCUGCCCACCGUCAUCAAACCGCCCAACCAGAGUCUACAUGCCAAUGGUACUGGCGACGCCUAUCGGGAGACGAGCCCCGAUGAUGCCAGCGAUAAGACCAGUUAUUCCGAGUGACCUGACGAAAAUUACGCCGUCGCCUGGUCCUCGUACUCUUCGAUACUCCCCUAACGCCUUCGUUCGCGCGCGCGUCAGACAAUUGGAAAAUUCUUUCUCGAGUUCUCGAGGCCUCGAGGCCUCAUCUACGUGUGUAUGUAUGUACGUCUCAUCGACGACGAUUGUUCCACAUUCUAACCGAGGAUAAUGAUGCAACCUUAUCAAAAUCUUGAGGAGAUUGAUCGUUCGGACAUGAAAUUAUAUUCUGGUGAAGAAAUCAACGAUCGAGAACAUCGAUUAAUCCUUUAUUACUAUGUCGUAUCUCUUGUAAGAACCCUUCCCCCCUUCACUCGGCUUCCUUCUUUUUUAUUUGACUCCCUUUUGAAUCUUUUGAGAAUGUUAUUUAUAUAAUUUGGUUUUGAAAUACGCGCAGAUUAGACACAAUCUUUUAACAGUGAAAGAAAAAAAUAAAUAACCUAAAUAUACGAAAAUUCUACCAAGGGAGAGAGAUCUUCCCUUUUUUUUACCUCCUUAAAUCAUCUUCAGACCGGAUAUGACGAUGGUAAAUUUAAUGACUGGCCGUUUUCACGCCACACAGAAACACAAUAAAUUUCAAGGCCACGGAAAAGUCUUUGUAUUAGACAGAAAAUUACUACUACUACUACUACUACUACUACUACUACUACUACUACUACUACUACUACUACUACUACUACUACUACUAUUACUACUAUUACUACUACUACCACUACUACUAAGAAGCUGAUAAAAUAUCGUCUUCAAGAAAGACUCUCUCAAAAGAUCGAAUUUACGUUCAUUAUCGGCGUCUGCGAAUAGUGUGAAACUUGAUGACGUCGCAAUGAAGCUCCGUUCAAUUAGACAAUAAAGGGAUAAAUAUUGUUGUCUUCAAAGGAAGAUGUCGAGAGCGUCUCGAGAAUACGAAAAUAUUGAAAAUUGAGAGUAUCUGACAAUCCGAGAGUAUCUGGUUUUAAUAUUUAUACACUUGUACAUCUCUCGCGCAAAAAACUGGCGAGGCAAAGCUGGCACAAAGCUGGCACAAACGCUUAAUCAGAUGCCCGUGUUAAUAAUCCGCUGACUUCAAGUCGUAAAAGAUGAAUUUCGCUGUGUGACGCAACGUGACGUCGCGUCGUACAAAAUACAAAACGUACAGUGUACGUAUAUGAAGAGAGAAGCACCAGAAGAUAAUAAGUUAUUCACGGCUGAUUCGUCUUCAGAAUAUACUUUAUACAUGUGUAGAUAAAGAUUAUAUACAUAUAGACAGAUAUGUGUGUAGGGUAAAAUUUCAACGAGUAUAUAUCAGCCCAAGAAAGAGGAAAGUGAAGACGAGUCUGUAAAUACGAUGCUAUAUAACUAAUGACAUUAAUCUCGAGAUUUUUGCCAAAAUACAAUAUAUUAUAUUGUAAACGUGUUAUACACGCGCGUACACUCGUAUACAUAUAAGUGUUGCCUGUAAGUAUAACGCCUGCAAGAUAUCUAGAUUGGCCGCUAGCGACCGAAAAUAUCGUCUACUGUAGUUACCAAAUAAUAUGUUACUCGAAAAAAAGUGUAUAGACCAUAAAUACAUACAAUAAAUAAGAUAUUGAUACUCUA